CUUGGCGCGCUGCUAUUCGCCGAGGAGAUGCACUUUGACCCCGCCGACCCUGCGUGGCCCAAUAGGGAUCGGUUUAUCCUGAGCAACGGCCACGUGUGCCUGCUGCAGUACUGCCUGCUGCACCUCACGGGGUAUAACAUCCAGAUGGAGGAUCUUAAAAAGCUGGCGAAGCUGGGCAGCAAGACGCCGGGGCACCCUGAGAACACGCUGACUCCGGGCAUCGAGGUCACCACGGGCCCCCUGGGGCAGGGCUUUGCGAAUGCGGUGGGGAUGGCGGCUGCAGAGGCGCAUCUGGCUGCUCGGCUGAACACAGCUGACUUCCCCGACCUCAUUGACCACCACACGUUCGUUGUAUUCGGCGACGGGUGUGCGAUGGAGGGCGUGGUGCAGGAAGCAGCGUCGCUGGCGGGCCACUGGGGGCUGGGCAAGCUGAUCGCCUUCUAUGACUCCAACCAGGUCACCAUCGACGGCAGCACCUCCCUCGCUUUGUCCGAGGACGUGAUCGGCCGGUUCGCCGCGCUGAGGUGGCACGUGCAGCGAGUCACGGUGCGCGACGCCGCUGACCUGGACUCCAUCCGCGCAGCGAUAAGGGAGGCCAAGAGGGAGACGCAGCGGCCGUCGCUGAUUCAAGUGGACACCGUCAUCGGGUUCGGGUCGCCCAAGAGGCAGGGCACCAGUGCGGCUCACCACGGGGCGUUCGGCGAGGAGGAGACUAAGGCAAUAAGAAAGGCGCUCCACUGGUCUGACAGCGAGCCGUUCACUGUACCCGACGAGGUGUACCAAGCCAUGCACCUGGCUGCUGCACGCGGCCAAUCGGCAGCUGCUAGCUGGAGGGACCAGGCGGUGCACUACCGCCAGUGCCACCCGGACCGGGCGGCUCUUUUGGACGCACUCACGGUGCCCGGGCGGCUGCCAGCUUGCUGGGAGGAUUCUUUACCAUCCUCCUCCCCUUCCACGCCGCCCGACGCCACGAGGGGAUACUCCGAGGCGUGCCUCAACGCGCUCGUGCACUCUCUGCCUAACCUUCUGGGCGGCAGCGCUGACCUGGCGUCCUCCAACAAGGUGGCGUUCCACGGGCUGCCGGACUUCUCCCAGGGCUGCUUUGAGGGCAGAAAUUUCCACUAUGGCGUUAGGGAGCAUGGCAUGGCCGCCAUAAGUAACGGGCUCGCCCUGCACUCACGGGCGCUCAUCCCAGUGGCCGCCACCUUUCUCGUCUUUUCCGACUACAUGCGGCCGGCUCUGCGCCUCGCCGCCCUCUCCGCCGCCCGGGUGCUCUUUGUCUUCACGCACGACUCCAUUGGGCUGGGGGAGGACGGCCCCACGCAUCAGCCAGUGGAGCACCUCCCCUCGCUCCGAGCCAUCCCCAACCUCCACGUCAUCCGCCCGGGCAACGCCACGGAGACAGCUGGCGCCUACGUGGCGGCAGUGCGGCGCAGCGUGGGGCCCACGGCGAUCUUGCUGUCGCGUCAGAAACUGACAGCUCAGCUUGAGGGGUCUAGCAGGGAGGGGGUGCUACGAGGGGGGUAUGUACUGGGAGGGGGGGAAGGGGAAGGAGAGGAGGAAGGGGAGGAGGAGGGAGAGGGGCAGGAGAACGGAGGGAAGAGGGGAGAUGGGGGAGGGGGGGGAGGAGGAGGAGGUGGUGGAUUGGAUUUGAUUUUGAUUGCAUCGGGGUCUGAGCUGGUGCUCUGCCAGGAAGCUGCUGAGAAGCUUCGUCUGGAAGGGUACAGGGUGCGGGUCGUGUCGCUGGUCUGCUGGGAGCUCUUCCAGCAGCAACCUCAGGAGUACCGAGAUGCUGUGCUGCCGCCACAUGUCACCAAGCGAUUGGCUGUUGAGGCUGCGCGUUCCCAGGGCUGGUGCGAGUGGGUGGGACCGCAGGGCUCUGUCCUCUCUGUUGAGCGAUUCGGUGCCAGCGGCCACUACCUCGAGGUGUUCCACAAGUUCGGAUUCACUGUAGAGAAUAUUGUGGAGCAGGCUUAUAAGCUGUUAGGGAAGAGUUAAGUAGAAAGGCUACGUAGGGUAGGGAAGUCCUAGUAGGGUCAACAACGGUGCUUGGAAGGACAGUUUAAGGCGGUGCAUAGCUCUGCCGAUGGUGAAGCAUGUUUUUGAAUAACGGAUGUGAAUAGAUUGUGGAAGCUCCC